ACCACAAACUCUAUUGCAUACAAUUUUACCCUGUAUUACAAGAUAUUAUUUAUAUAGCUCAAAUUUAUGACCACCUCGUUACUUUACCAAUCACAUCAAGGUUGUCGGAUUACAAGUGUUUCCAUUUAAAAGUGCCCCCAAGCAACAUUUGUGUGGUAUGGCCUAUGUUGAUUCGUUACUGUCAAAAUGCACUUGUUUCUCCAAACUCAAACAACUCCAAGCCCAUCUCAUUAUCACCGGCAAUUUUCAAUUCUACACUUGCCGCGCCAAAUUCUUGGAUUUCUGCGCUGUAUCUUCCUCCGGAAACUUCCCUUACGCCGCCCAUAUCUUCCGCCACAUCACUUUCCCUUACAAAAAUGAAUGGAAUGCUAUCAUUCGCGGCCUUGCCCAAAGCCACAACCCCAUUGAUGCUCUCACUUUUUAUGUCUCAAUGUCUCAUUCCCUUUGUAAGCCCGACGCUCUCACCUGCUCUUUCACCCUCAAAGCCUGUGCCCGUGCAUUGGCCCGUUCAGAAACCCCACAACUCCAUGCCCAUGUGAUUCGAUUUGGGUUUGCUGCAGAUGUCCUGUUGCGCACAACUUUGCUGGAUGCGUACUCAAAAUGUGGUGAUUUGGAUUGUGCAUACAAAGUGUUUGACGAAAUGGGUGUUAGAGAUAUUGCGAGUUGGAAUGCGUUAAUUGCUGGUUUAGCUCAAGGGAAUCGACCCACGGAAGCUUUACUGCUUUUUAAGAAAAUGAGAGAGGAUAAUAUGGAACCAAAUGAGGUCACUGUGCUUGGUGCUCUCUCUGCUUGUUCGCAGUUGGGGGCGAACAAAGAAGGCGAACUUGUUCAUGAAUUUAUCAAAAGUACGAAUCUUGAUUGUAAAGUGAAUGUUUGCAAUGCGGUUAUUGAUAUGUAUGCAAAAUGUGGUCUUGUUGGAAGAGCUUAUGAAGUGUUUAAUGAGAUGAAAUGCUUGAGGACUCGUGUCACGUGGAAUACCAUGAUUAUGGCACUCGCGAUGUAUGGAGAUGGAGAGCAAGCACUUGAGCUUUUUGAAAGAAUGAGCCAAGAUGGGAUUGAGCCAGAUAGUGUGAGUUACUUAGCUGCAAUCUGUGCUUGUAACCAUGCAGGAAUGGUGGAGGAAGGAAUGAAAUUGUUUGAUGACAUGGAUAGAUGUGGAAUGAGUAAGAAUGUAAAGCAUUAUGGUAGUAUGGUGGACUUGUUGGGAAGAGCUGGGCGGUUGGAUGAAGCUUAUAAAAUUGUACAGUCAAUGCCUACAGUUCCUGAUGUGGUUUUAUGGCAAACUCUCUUAGGGGCUUCCAAGACGUACAGUAAUGUGGAAAUGGCAGAGAUAGCGUCCAAGAAGCUCGUUGAAAUGGGAUCAAAUCAUUGUGGGGAUUUCGUGUUGCUAUCCAAUCUUUAUGCAGCACAAGGGAGGUGGCAUGAUGUGAGAAGAGUAAGGGAGGCCAUGAAAGAUCAAGAUGUAAAGAAGGUACCUGGAUUUAGCUAUAUUGAGGUUGGUGGAACGAUAUACAAGUUUAUGAAUGGUGAUAAGAACCAUCCAAAGUGGAAUGAGAUUUAUUGGAAGCUUGAUGAGGUUUCGUUAAGGAUUAGGGAAUACGGGUAUGUGGCAGAAACUAAUUACGUGUUUCAUGAUAUUGGACCGGAGGAGAAGGAGAAUGCACUGUGUUACCAUAGUGAGAAGCUGGCUGUGGCCUUUGGUUUGAUUAGUACACCUGAUAGAACAUGCAUUAGCGUCAAUAAGAAUCUUAGGAUAUGUGGGGAUUGCCAUGUUGUAAUUAAGCUCAUAUCAAAGAUAUACGAGCGGGAGAUUAUUGUGAGGGACAGGACUCGUUUCCACAGAUUCAAAGAUGGGGCUUGUUCUUGUAAAGAGUACUGGUGAGGUUGAUCUAAAUUUUGUGGAUAAAGCAAAUUAGUUUGACGUAGCACAGAAAAUCCUGUGUAUAUGAUGAGAAGGGCUCGCCUUGUGCACCAAGUUCUCCUCAAGUUUGAGAGAUGGGGGAGAAUGGGCCUUUGUCAUAUGCAUUAUUACUUUGCAUUUCAUCUCAGACACUGUAGAAGUCGAGACCUACAGGUCACCAAAAGAGCAACUCUACCAUUAUACCAAGUCACUCUCACAAGAGAAUUGAUUCAUUUUCAAAAAUCUCAAGCAAAGAGCUUGUUCCUCUUGCAGAAAUUUGUGAUGAGGAAUCUGUUUUAUAUAAUGUCAUGAAAAGAGGAGCUUUAGAGAAAAUCAACUUUUGACAUAUGUUUUGCUGUUGAUUCAAUGUACUUUUGGCUUUACUUGUAUGCACUAAUCAAUAAACAAAGACGAAUACCCUGUUCUCUAUUGCUUGAGCAAAUGGAAUGUUGUGGCGAAGCAGCAACAUUUUGAGUCUUUGAUUGGUGCUAGGGCAGGCACCACGACUAGUCGAACAAAUGAGAGUUUAUCAACGAAGAA